GUGCGCAUGCGUAUUAACAAAAUGAAACACAUCUUGUUACAGAGUGUCUACGUUGUUGUCACUUGCACUUGUCGAUUUUUUUCCAAUCUAAAGCUAUUGAAAGGCAUUAUUUGAGUUCGCUUUACACAGUUCUGGAUUCUCUCUUGAAAACUUAAAUUAAAUAGAGAAGACAGACUACAGGUAGAGUUACUAGACAUUUGCUGGACUAUGUCCUGUCAUGUCAUCAUCUCUGGCUUUACCACUGCUCUUGAUAUUUGGUUUAUUGAAUUUUGCGAUUCAAGCUAAUGGAUUUAAUAAUAUACGGGAUCCGGAGUCUCCAGACUGGAGAAAGACUUUGAAAACAAUCCGGAACGGGAUCCACGAGAUAGACAAAUACCUUAAUUUGGCUUUGGACAUGAUCGGAGGUUCAGAUGGACAGUGUCGUUACAAGUGUAGUAAUGGGUACACACCAAUUCCUCGCACUAACUACAAACCACUUCCACCCAAUGGAUGUGGCUCACCAGUAUUUGGAUUUAAGUUUGAUAUUGGGAUCCCAUCUAUGAACAGAUGCUGUAAUCAGCAUGAUGCAUGCUAUGAUACCUGUGGACAAGAGAAAAGUUACUGUGAUAAACAAUUCCAGGUCUGCCUUGAGUCUAUAUGUAGCAAUUUCCAAAAAACACUGGGCUUGUCUAAAGGUAUACAAGCCUGUGAAUCAGCAGGGAAUUUGCUCUUUGAUGCUGUCAUGCACUUGGGAUGUAAGCCUUACCUGGAUAGCCAAAGAACAUCUUGCAUUUGUCACUAUGAGGAGAAGAAUGAUUUGUGAACAUCAGAAAUAAAGACUGCUGAUUGUUUGGUGUUGUCGUAGGAUACAAAACAGUUAAUAAAAUACUGCAUUGUUCUUUAUAUAACAUAAAUGCAGUUUAUGGUGGUCACUUUAUUCAGACAUUCAGGUGAAUUUUUCUCUGUACUUUUUUAAAUAAAGGUUUAAAACCUUACAUUGAAAAUAAAAUAUUUAAUUUACUAAAUUUUUUAAGGUAAGUGGUUGCAAUCAAUUUAUUUAAGCUACAUUUAAACAAACAAAAUAAAUAAAUGAAAAACUGUUUAAAUGUAGCUUAAAUAAAUUGAUUGCAACCACUUACCUUAAAAAAAUAGUAAUUUUUCAGUGUACCCUGAGCAAUGUUAACUGGAGUUAAUAUUAUGACAUCUUCCAGAAAUUGGAUUUAUGGAAGUAGCACAACAUGUCAAGCCCCUAUAAUCUUGAUAAUAUGUCACAAUUUGCUUAUCAAAGCACAAUUUUUUUUCUGACUAUUGAUUAAUGUUCCAUCUUUUAUCACAGUCCUUCUGUGUUGUAUUUUUACUUAUUCCUGUUAGGCAAAGCUACUGUUUCUUUUUAAAGGAAAUGUUCUUUCUAUGUUGUUUUUCAAUAAACAUAAACUAUGCUGGCAAUUAUUUUGACCAUUAAUAAAUGGGUAUUUUCAUUCACAAAUAAAAUAGUAUUUAAUA